ACAGCUUCCUUUUCCCUCUCUAUCAACCAAACCAGCAUAUCACAAUGGGCUCAGAAACCCCUCUCAGACUUCCCGUCAUAGAUUUCUCCAACCAAAGCCUAACUCCAGGCACCACAGAGUGGAACACAGUGAGAGCUCAAGUCCACAAUGCACUCGAAGAGUAUGGUUGCUUCGAGGCAUUGUUCACCAAAGUCCCUUCACACAUUCGAAAGUCCAUAUUUCAAUCAAUUGAAGAGCUUCUCGACCUCCCUUUGCAAACCAAAUUAAAAAAUGUUUCGAGAAAACCUUACCGUGGCUAUGCCGGGCAGUCCCCCGUGAUGCCACUAUAUGAGAGCAUGGGGAUUGAUGGUGCCAACGUCUAUGAACAAGUUCAAAGCUUGACAAACACCUUGUGGCCUCAAGGAAACCCAAGCUUCUGCAAAACUAUACAAUCCUUCACGGAGAAAGUUUCGGAAUUGGAUCAGAUCAUCAGGAGGAUGAUUCUGGAGAGCUUGGGCCUUGAGAAGUACUUGGAGGAACACCUAAACUCGACCGACUACCUUCUUCGAGUGAUGAAAUAUAAGGCGCCUCAAACCAACGAGACUAAGUUAGGGAUACCCCCUCACACAGACAAGAACAUUGUCACCAUUUUGUACCAAAACCAAGUCGAUGGGUUAGAAGUGCAAACCAAAGAUGGCAAAUGGAUCAAUGUCAAGCCUUCAUCAGACUCUUUCAUCGCCUUGAUCGGCGAGUCACUCCACGCAUGGACAAAUGGUAGGCUGCAUCCUCCCAUUCAUAGGGUUAUGAUGAAUGGAAAUGAGGCUAGGUACUCAACUGGAUUGUUCUCCGCCCCUAAGGAAGGGUACAUAAUAAAAGCCCCAGACGAGGUUGUGGAUGAAGAGCACCCUUUGCUUUUUAAGCCCUAUGAACAUGCUCAAUUUAUUGCGUUCUGUAAUUCAGAGGCUGGCCAGAGAGGUCCCUCUGCUUUGAAGACUUACUGUGGUGUCCAAGACUUGACCUUGUCUACUUAGGUUGGCAAAUUACAAUUUCAAUAAAUCUCUCUUUGUAUAAUAAGUGGCAAAAUUGUAAUAAUGCAUCUAUUGUAUUAUGUUAUCUAUAUGGUUGACUAUCAACUCUCCUCUUACCAUUUUCUUUGUGGCCACUGGCCACUCUGUCUUCUCCUUAAUGUUUAAAUACUCCAUGUGCUUUGCAAUUCCUCUUA